AUGGGCGCCAAGUCUCUCCAGAUCUCUUCCUCCCUCCUCACUCUACUCGUCCUCCUAACCUCCGCCGCCCUCUCCUUCUCUCCCGUCGCGGCGGCCGCGAAGCCGAAAUCGCACGACGGAUUCUCCCGGCGCCUGUCCCCGGCGACGCUCCGCCUCAAGAAAGAGAAGCUCAGCCACCUCCGCUUCUACUUCCACGACGUCGUCUCCGGGCCCAACCCAACGGCGGUGCAAAUCGUACGGGCGCCUCCGCCCAGCGUCUUGUCCACGGGCUUCGGCAUGCUGGCGAUGAUCGACGACCCGCUGACGGCCGGGCCCGAGCCCACUUCCAAGCUGGUGGGCCGGGCCCAGGGGAUGUACGGGUCGGCCGCGCAGAACGAAGAUGGGCUGCUGAUGGCCCUCAACUUCGUUUUCGUGGAAGGGAAGUUCAACGGGAGCACGCUGAGCGUCCUGGGGAGGAACGCGGUGAUGUUGCCGGUGAGGGAGAUGCCGGUCAUCGGCGGGAGCGGGGUGUUCAGGUUUGCUAGGGGUUACGCUCAGGCCAGGACCCGGACUUACAAUCCGACGACCGGAGAUGCUCUAGUGGAGUAUAAUGUUUAUGUCUUCCAUUACUGA